GGUUACGUAGUUGAAGUAAAACGGCGGGAGAAGGCAGAGGUACAUUGUAACAACACUCACAGAUUGCUGUUUUUUGUAUAAAGACGUUUUCUGUCACACUUUGAAAUGGCUGAAAUUACUCCAGGUAAAAAACUAGCUGAGGGCAAAACAAAGAUCAUCUAUGAGCUUCCCAACAACCAGGUGUUGCUGCAGUCCAAAGACCGCAUCUCAGCCCACAAUGCCCAGCGGACCAACGACUUGGAAGGCAAGGCGGCCAUCUCCAAUAACACAGCAUGCAAAGUGUUUGAAUACCUGACCAAGAUUGGUGUCAAGAACCACUUUGUGAAGAAGAACAGUGAGACCAGCUUCUCUGCCAUCAACUGUGCCAUGGUGCCCAUCGAGUGGGUGACCAGGCGAGUGGCCACUGGAUCCUUCCUGAAACGUAACCCUGGGGUGGAGGAGGGAUACCGCUUUGCACCUGUCAAGUUGGAGUUCUUCUACAAGGAUGACGCAGCGGGCGAUCCACAGUGGUCAAGGGAGCAGAUCAUUGAGGCCAAGCUGAACUGUGGCGGGGUGGUCAUUGGGCCGCACGAGGUGGACAUUAUGAGCAAGAUGACCGUAGUGGUCUUUGAGGUCCUGGAGAGGGCCUGGAGCUCAAUGGACUGUUCGCUGAUUGACAUGAAGAUCGAGUUUGGAGUCAGUGCGGAGACUGGCGAGAUCCUUUUGGCGGACAUCAUUGACAGCGAUUCCUGGCGUCUGUGGCCCCAGGGAGACCGUCGUCUCAUGAAGGACAAGCAGGUGUACCGUGACUUUAAGGAGGUGACUGAUGAGGGGCUGCAGCAGGUCAAGCGCAACUUUCAGUGGGUUGCUGACCGACUGGAUUCCUUCAUCCCGCCGCCCAAGGGCCAAGCCGUGGUCUUGAUGGGCUCUCCCAGUGACAUAGCCCAUGGAGAGAAGAUCCGGGACCUGUGUCGUAGCUUUGGCUUCCCUUGCCACCUGCGGGUCACCUCCGCCCACAAGGGGACAGACGAAACAUUGUACAUUAAGGCCCAGUAUGAAGCAACUGGGACCCCGACUGUCUUCAUCGCAGUAGCUGGUCGCAGUAACGGCCUUGGUCCCGUCCUGUCCGGUAACACCUCCUUCCCAGUCAUCAACUGCCCACCGGUCAAGGCUGAAUGGGGACCCCAGGACAUCUGGUCUUCACUGCGCCUGCCUUCAGGUCUCGGUUGCAGCACUGUCCUGUCACCUGACGGUGCAGCCUGGUGCGCAGCCCAGAUGCUGUCCCUCACCGAUCACGUCAUCUGGAGCACCAUCCGUGCCCGGCAGAUGAACAUCUGGCUGUCCCUCAAGGAAGCCGACAAGAAACUGUGUGCAUCCGACACAAACUAAGUCCUUCCAGCUCUCUCACCUUUGCCAGUGACAAUGCACUAGGUUGUGGCCUCCCAUUGCAUUCCAUAGGCAUUGGGAACCCCACAUACAAUUCUCUGAAUUUUAUUUUGAAUGUAAUUUGCACAAUGAAGAAGUGACUCGUAAAUGGAAUAAUGAAUUGAAUUGUUUAAUGAGGGGCAGACAUAUUAUUCAUGAUCACGCUUAAGAAUUCAUCACCAAUUCCUGAAGAAAAAUGUACAGAAACAAAGUGUAAUUGUAUUCAUAAAUUUCCAGCUUAAAGUCUUGUUGAAGCCGUCAAACAAAAUAACUGGCCCUUCACAAUGUUCAAGACAACAGUUGGCACAUUGCUCUCAGCAACACUGGCGAUGUACACAGUUUGCUUAUGCGUGUGUUGGCCUACACAGAGCCCCCCACAAUGCCGCACAGCAUGGGGUAAGCAGUCCAUGCCCUCUGCAGGCGCCAUCAAGGCACUGCCAGGACCGGAAAGCAACUCCUAUAUGCACAGCAAUUUCAUGACUGUACCUCGUUCACAUUCCUGAUUGAGAGAUGAAUUGUGCAUAUUCCAUGCAUCAUCAUGUGCCAGUUGCUGUUUUAGCUGUCUAUCGGGUGUGAGUGCAAGGAUCUGCGCACAAGUCAAAUCCAUUUGUAGUAGACUGUUCUGAGUGUACCUUGUUGACACUUUACUACGAGUGUGUACAUUUUGUGAAGCAAUUGUUAAAGUGUUGUGGAGGUAGUAUGUGUGUUCAAACAUUGCCCUAGCUAUCUGUGAAAAGAUGACGGCACGCAGAGAUAUUUUUCCUACACUUUACAAGUUGCCAUGUGUAGGAGGCGUGGCGAGACUAAUUUGAUGUGAUUAAUUUUUGGCAGAUCACUCUGGGAUCAAGUUUAGCAACUUCUAAUGUUUUAGGGAGCUACUAUUGAAUGCUUUCAAAUCAUGUUAUUUUUGUACAUCAGCCACUGAGCCAUCCCUUCAAAAGAUCCAUUGGAAGACACGAGUUUUAUUGGUAGAUGAGUUUCCUUUGCCUAUGGGAACACUGAAAUCUUCACUGAAAUAUUGGGUCAUCAUUUUCUCUGAAAUGGAACAGACAUUGAUAGUCACUGAUUGGUGGAUGUAUUUUGUGUCUUGACGUGUACAAUGUAACAUUUACACAAAGUUGUAUUUUCGAGUGUUGUGGCUGUGAAGCCUUUGGUGCCCUAACUUGAGGAUUAUAAAACAGGGUAAAGUUUAGUAAUCUUUCUGUGAAGUAGUGAAUUAGCUCUUCUAAUAUCACUGUAAAGUGAUUGAAUUUGGCUUGUCUGUCUUUUUUGGGUGGAGAAUUUAGUAAUAUUUUUGUUUUGCACCAAAGUAACCAUCCGUUUGCACUGGUAAAGUUUCAGCCACCUGUGUCACUGCAUAAGCAUUGAUAAAAGUUGUAGUACUGUAUUACGUAUCUUGUUACGAAGUGAAACACUGAGGUAGAUCUAAGAUGAAAGAAAUUAAAGUCACAUGUUGAAAUGCAUUUCCUUGGGUACAUGAGAAUAUGGCCACUGCGUUUGUCAGUAGAUGGUGCAUUUCUGGUCCCGAUAUUAAUGAGAAAAAAAGGUGAAUGGAAAGCCUCUUAAUACUUUCAUCUAUACCUAAGCGUCCUAAGAAAAAUAAAUUAAAAAAAAUUAAAAAGAGAUUUCUGACACCGUACUGUAAUCAUUAGAUGACUCUGAAAUAAACUUGUUUUCACUCGCCUUCAUGCAAA